AUGUUAAGUGAUAUUCUUUCUCAAAUAAUUGGAUUAACUGCUACUAUUAUUAUGAAACAAAAUUUUAGUAGUAAAUUUACUUAUGGAUUUACUCGAGCAGAAGUCACUGGAGCAUUUAUUAAUAGUGUCUUUCAAAUAUCAAUUGGGUUGUUUAUGUCAAUUCAGUCUAUUGAAAGUUUCUUUGAGUUAGAAGAAGUAAAAGAUCCAUUAUUUCUUCUUGCUGUGUCUGGAGGGGGGUUAGUUGUAAAUAUUAUUGGAAUGAUUAUUCUCCAAGAAUACAGUUGCAUUAAGAAAGUAAAUAAAAAAAUAAAUUCACUAAACAAAAAAGAAGAAGGAAAAUCAGAAAAAAGUGAAAUUGAACUAAAAGAAAUAAAAAUUCAAGAGAAACCUCAACAAGAAUUAACUCAAGUAGAAGACCUGUCUAGUGUAAGACGAAUUCAUGGGACUAAAAGAAUGCUAGUAACACCAACACUACCAAACGAGAAAGAAAGUACUAUAGGACCACAAAACAUUGAAGAAAAUAAAAACACUUCAACUAAAAAGAAAAAUAUCAAUAUUAAAGGUGUUUUUAUUCAUGUCUUUGGAGAUGCUUUAGGGAGUGUAGCAACAAUGUUUGUUGCGUUGUGUGUUUAUUUCAUAAAUGGACAUUGGAAAUAUUAUCUUGAUCCUGUUUCAAGUCUUGUAGUUUCAUUAGUAAUGAUGAUUACUGGUUUGCCUUUAUUAUAUUCAUGUAUUCGAAUUGUUAUGCAAGUAGUUCCUAAACGUUUUGAUUUAGAAAAAAUUAGAGAAAGUAUUUUAGAACAUCCAGAUGUUGUUGGAGUUCAUGAUCUUCAUAUUUGGCAAUUAAACAAUAAAAUUGGUGUUGCAACAUUAAAAGUUGAAUUAAAUGAAAAAAUUAUUUCACAAGGAAGUGUUAGUGAUGAUAUAAGAAAAAUAUUAAAUAAUAAUGACAUUCAAUUAACGACUAUUGAAUGUAUAAAUUCAAUUCCUAAAAGAACACCAUCAUCAAGAGAGUGUUUCUUUUGA